AAAAGCUAUGAAUAAAAACGGAUGUACUGUUCUCACCGGUACAUCUCCGUGUAGGAUAUACGUACUCCACCAGAAGCGAUGGAACGCUGGCGGAGUAAAAUUAAAGAUUUGAGGCGGUGAGGUUUUAAGGCUGAAUAUCUCAUAGAUGUGUUGCUUUCUUCUCGGAGAAGAUGGGCCGCAAGAGACGGUGAUAGACUGAUAGCGCCACAUACGACUGUGGAGAGUGGCUGCCAGAGACAGUGUGGUUUGUCAUCGUGCCGACUGCCGCCCACUUCUGUUCUUGGUGAAGGUGUUUUCUCGGCCCCUCCAUUUUUAAGAUCAUAAAAAUUUCCGCAUAUCACAAGUAGUGAAAACUAUUUUCGUGGCUGGCUUCCUUUAGGCUAUUCGUUUCCCCUUCUAGGUGUGCUAGACUAUGAUUCCUAAGGGAUCCGUAUUACUUAGGAUAUGGAGCAAGUGUUCCCUUGGUCCAAUUUCUGUAUGCAUAGAGUUUUUUCAUUGCCUGCUUCUUACUUACCGAGAUUCUUCUUGUUUCAUUUGUCAACAAUUUUCCUUCAAUGAUAUCCACAGGAGGCCAUAUGUGAACUCUUUAUUUUACGAAGAGUGAAAAGCAGAAAUAUGUUAUUAUGUGUAUUUGGCUCCACUUUUAUUCUCCAAAAAUACACAUUAUUGCUACUGCUUUCUUAAUAUAUAGUUAAUGCAUCAGUCAUUUGAGGUCUUUUCAACUUCAUCAUUUGAGGAAUAAACUUCAUCAUGCCAUUUAAAAUAGGAAAGAGUUAGAGGUGUUGGUUCGGCUGAAGAAUUUGCAUCAACAAAGUGUAGUAUAAAUUAGAAGAGCUUGUUUUCUUGUUUAAUAAGUCGGUGUAAUUCAUCAAUUGAGCUGACAAGCAAGCCUGUGCCUGUUUGUUUGGACUUCAAAGUGUUUCCACUAGGCUGUGAGUGCUAUGAAGAUGUUUGAUUGUCUUUGCAUCACUUUGCUUUCACGACCUUGUGUUCCCAGUGACUGCUUUGAGUUUGUUUUUUAUGCAGCAACCAUGGUUGUGAAGCUCCUCCUUAAUAAUCAUGCUGGUUUUAAGCUCCUCCUUAAUAAUCAUGCUGGUUUUAAGCUCCUCCUUAAUAAUCAUGCUGGUUUUAAGCUCCUCCUUAAUAAUCAUGCUGGUUUUAAGCUCCUCCUUAAUAAUCAUGGUUGUGAAGAAAGAAAUACAUACUUAUUUUCUGUGCAUGUGUCCUCUAUAUCCAAAUUUCCAAUGGCAAGUUAUAUUGUGAAUCCUCGAGGAGUCUGAAAUGCAAGCCAAGAAGUUGUCAAACAUGAGCUUUGGUUCUUCUGCCAGACCAACUACUUUAAAGCAGCAAUAACCAUUUCCUCAACUUGUGAAGGCUGGCGGCUGGCAAUUACGGGCCAACUCUCAAAAUAUCCUUCUAGGAAGAACUUACUAAAUAAAUCAAAGUGCUAAAAUUAAGAUACAAUGAUUAUUUUCACAUUUUGUAAAAUGUUAUUUUUUUAAAUAUUUACAUCUUUGAAUAGUUUUGAAUCACUUGUGGUGACGUAACAUGGCUACAAAUACCUUAAAGAUGGCAAGAAUAUUUGGAAGAUGUUAAUGUUUGCAAAAUAUAAUGUUAUAACUACUUUUCAUCACUUCAAAUGAAAUAAAAUACAUGAAAGAUGU